UCAGAUUGCUAGCCUACAGGACCCAUUGUGCGUUAUAAAGAGGUGAGCAGACGCUCUGCUCGUAUGUUAACGCUAUCUACCUAGAACCCUCUAAAGCUAUCCACAUACUAUUACAAGUAUGAGCCUCAAGAUUAUCCAAGGACUGGCUUUCGCCAUAUGCGUCGCCGCUGCUACCGAGGGCUCGCCCGGUGAUCCUGACUUUUACAACACUGUUGCCGAAAUAUUCUCGGGGCCUGACUGUGGCGAAGAAAGCUUUGUCUGGGCGGAUCCUAUAUUCGGGAGCGGCGGGAGCUGUCAACCUCUCGAUAGACACGGGAAUACCCCUGACAUCCUCAGCUACAAGCCUACCGACAUCUAUCCUGACUGCAUAGUUACACUUUACACGGAUACCGAGUGCAAUAGCACACCGUACUCGGCGGAGGUAAACCAAUGUGUUCAAGCGGGUAUUCCUUUCGUCAGUGCCUUCGUGCAGUGCCCGUUCUCGAUCAACCCGGAAAGUGUCUAGAACGAAGAUGCUUUGGGACUAUUGGCCGCU